GGGGGCCGUGCUCAGCGCCCCGGCCGGGCCACGGGGCCACAGGGCAACACGGCCACGCCGCAUGCCACAAGCCUGAGUGGGAGCGGAGCCGGCCGGCAGGCAGGGCAGCUCGGUCCCGGGAACCCUCUGGGAUGCCUGAGAGUAUCUGCCUCCUGCCCCCAGCCUGGCUCCCACCAUGAGCGCUGAGCUCAACGUGCCUGUGGACCCCUCCACUCCUGCCUGCUCUGAACCCGGCCACAAGGGCAUGGAUUACCGGGACUGGGUCCGCCGCAGCUACCUGGAACUGGUCACGUCCAACCACCACUCUGUGCAGGCGCUCUCCUGGAGGAAGCUCUACCUGAGCAGAGCCAAGCUGAAGGCCUCCAGCCGGACCUCCGCCCUGCUGUCAGGCUUCGCCAUGGUGGCCAUGGUGGAGGUGCAGCUGGAGACCCAGUACCAGUACCCGCGGCCGCUGCUCAUCGCCUUCAGCGCCUGCACCACGGUGCUGGUGGCCGUGCACCUCUUUGCCCUGCUCAUCAGCACAUGCAUCCUGCCCAACGUGGAGGCCGUGAGCAACAUCCACAACCUCAACUCCAUCAGCGAGUCCCCGCACGAGCGCAUGCACCCCUACAUCGAGCUGGCCUGGGGCUUCUCGACCGUGCUGGGGAUCCUGCUCUUCCUGGCCGAGGUGGUGCUGCUCUGCUGGAUCAAGUUCCUGCCCGUGGACGCGCGGCGCCAGCCCGGCCCCCCGCCCGGCCCCGGCGGCCACACGGGCUGGCAGGCCGCGCUCGUGUCCACCAUCAUCAUGGUGCCCGUAGGUCUCAUCUUUGUGGUCUUCACCAUCCACUUCUACCGCUCGCUGGUACGCCACAAAACCGAGCGGCAUAACCGCGAGAUCGAGGAGCUGCACAAGCUCAAGGUGCAGCUGGACGGGCACGAACGCAGCCUGCAGGUCGUGUGAGGGCGCGGCGCCCCGGGCACAGGCCAGCAGCCCCCCCCCCCCCCCACCCUCCCAUCCCCUGGGAGCCAGCGAUGAGCUGCUUGCCUUCCGGGGAGCAUCACACGGGAACGUGGGGAUUCCUGACAAGGCUGCCUAGGCACUGCCAGAAAGUUCCAGACCAAAGUCUCGUCCCUGUCUUCAUGUCGGAGAACCUGGCUGGAUGAUGCUCCCGCAGAAAGUGGAAAUCUGUAGUUGAAAGAGAGACUCUGUUGCCAAG